GAUGACGUUUAUUCUAUCGAUUUGGAAGUCCAUGUAGCGAUAUGUGCUGAUAAAAAGGCACAUAUUCACGCAUUACAACGAUUUAUUUGGCUACUAUUUAUAUUUUAUAAGGUCUAUUUAUCCUGCCACUGCCAGGACUAUUUUUAAGGGACACACUCUUUUCACGCCACUWCGAUACAAAUCAUUUCCCUAGCCGGUUAGGAGAGCAUUUUCGCUAACCCUAACCCUUUUCCUAACAUUAAGCCUAGUGUCUGAACCUGCUACGUUAAUUCUCCUGACAUACUAAGUAAAGUAUUAUAAUUUACUGCGUACGUUCUCCUAACCUGCAACGAAAAAGUUACUUCGGUAUCGAAGUGGGGUGACCAAAGUGUUUCCCGUGUCUUUAAACUGAGAGAACCAUGUCGCUUUACGACGACAUGGGCGUCGGGAGUGCGACCAGUGACACCAAGACCGAGGGCUGGUCCAAGAAUUUUAAGCUACUGCAGUCACAGCUGAAAGUAAAGAAGGCAGCUCUGACUCAGGCUAAGAGUCAGCGGAUGAAGCAGGGUACUGUCCUGGCUCCAGUCAUUGACUUAAAGAGAGGAGGUUCCGCUGAUGACAGACAGAUAAUAGACACACCCCCACACAUUGCAGCAGGACUCAAGGACACAGCACCCAGCGGGUUCUCCUCGGGGGAUGCGCUAAUCCCCCUGGCUGAUGAGUAUGACCCCAUGUUCCCCAACGAUUACGAGAAGGUGGUGAAGAGACACCGCGAGGAGAGGCAGAGGCAGAGAGAGCAGGAACGYCUGAAGGAGAUAGAGGACAGAGAGAAGAAGAGGAAGGACCGACACGAGGGCAGCAGCGCUCCGAGCGGAUUCUCCCGCUUCCCCGCGGCAGAAGGAGAGUCAGAUGAGGAGGAGGAGGACUAUGAGAAGGAGAAGAGGAAAAGGAGUAUGGGUGGAGCAGCKAUCGCCCCACCCUCAUCGCUCGUGGAUAGUAGAGACAGCUCGUCAUACUCCUAUGARGAUGAGAUGCGUCCCUCCCGUGGUUCUAAAGCAGCCAUCCCUCCCCCCAUGUACGAGGACUCCGACCGCCCCCGCUCGCCACCUGGCGGUCCCACCAACUCAUUCCUGGCCAACAUGGGAGGGACCGUGGCCCAUAAGAUCAUGCAGAAGUAUGGCUUCCGGGAGGGCCAGGGGCUGGGCAAACACGAGCAGGGUCUCAGCACGGCCCUGUCUGUAGAGAAGACCAGCAAGAGGGGUGGCAAGAUCAUCAUAGGAGACAACACUGAGAAGAGUAACCCACUUUCUGCCGUCUCACUGCCCUUGGACCCAUCCAAGAAGUCCGAGGCCAACCCCCUCACAGAGAUCCUCAAAUGCCCCACCAAAGUCGUGCUGCUACGGAACAUGGUGGGCAGAGGAGAGGUGGAUGAAGAUUUGGAAGGGGAGACCAAAGAAGAGUGUGAGAAAUACGGCAAGGUCAUCAAGUGUGUCAUCUUUGAGAUUGCACAGGUGACAGAUGAUGAAGCAGUGAGGAUAUUUCUGGAGUUUGAGAGAGUCGAGUCUGCCAUCAAAGCUGUGGUGGAUCUGAACGGGAGGUUCUUUGGUGGUCGGGUGGUAAAAGCCUGCUUCUAUAACCAGGAUAAGUUCAGAGUGUUGGACCUGGGAGAGCAGAUGUGAGACACACACGGUCCAUCCCACCUGAAUUGUUACGACCCGCCUCAUCCAUACUCACAGGGACAGAAGAAAUGCUCUGACACACACACACACACACACACACACAUUGGUAAUCACCAGUAGCUCURUCUGUCUCUAAGUASCCCAAACAUUUAUACUCUCAACAGCAGCACAAUGUGUCUGUAUUUAGUUUAACUUGUAGUUUCUGUUUUGCCAGCAGAAAAAUCCUGUAUGUGAGGUAAUGAACUACUGUCUUGGUUUCUGUGUCCUGAUAUGAACCUGUACAAUUGAAACGUGGAAAUAAAUGUUCCUUUUGUUUAAAAUC